UUAUAAUUGAAAACUUUGGUUAUUCUAGAAACGGUAGAAAUAUUAUACUCGAAUAGAAUAUUUCAUUAAUGUUGAUAGUUAUUGAACAUUAUUCCAUAACUCUGUUUUUCAGUUAAUAAAGGCAUUGUAUUUCUAGAAUAUAGAUAUAUUCACAAAUAAUUAUGACUAGCUGCUCGACUGUUCGAAAAAUGUUUCUUAUGAAAGUAGGCUAUUUGAGAAAUGUGAGAUAUUUAACAGAUUCAGUCGCCGGUAAUUAUCAGUACAUCAAAGUAUCCAAAGUGGGCAGCCGAAGCAAUGUGGGGCUGAUCCAGCUGAACAGGCCGAAGGCGCUGAACGCCCUUUGCAACCCUCUGUUGAAAGAGGUGGCCCAAGCGAUGACGGCGUUCGGAAAGGAUUCGUCUGUCGGUGCCAUCGUCCUCACGGGGAACGAGAAGGCCUUUGCGGCCGGCGCAGACAUCAAAGAAAUGGAGGACAAGACGUAUGCGAGUUGGAUGACGAGCAACAUGCACCAAGAUCUUGAUUGCGUGGCGAAAGUGCGUAAGCCGGUCAUCGCGGCUGUGAAUGGCUUUGCUCUUGGUGGAGGAUGUGAAAUGGCAAUGAUGUGUGAUAUCAUUUAUGCCGGCGAGAAAUCAAGAUUUGGGCAGCCUGAAAUUCUUCUGGGAAUUAUUCCUGGAGCAGGAGGCACUCAAAGGCUCAUAAGAUCUGUUGGGAAAUCGAAGGCAAUGGAGAUGGUGCUAACAGGUAAUCAGAUAACUGCACAAGAAGCCGAAAAGAUGGGUUUGGUUAGUAAGCUGUUUCCAGUGGAGAAAGUCUUAGAAGAAAGCAUAAAACUUGGAGAAAAAAUAGCUAGUAACUCUCAGAUCGCAAACAUGGUAGCUAAGGAAUGUUGCAAUGCUGCAUAUGAAACGACCUUAAAAGAAGGAUUACAUCUUGAGAAAAGGAUGUUCCAUGCUACUUUCGCCACAAAAGACCAGAAAGAGGGAAUGGCUGCAUUCGUCGAAAAAAGAAAAGCUAAUUUCACAAAUGAAUGAAUAUGUGAUUAUUGUGUGGAUAACUAAAUAUCUGUGACUUUGUAUACCACACUUCACGGUCCAAUUCAGUAGGUAAUACAUUUCAAAUGGCUCAUUUACAACUGUAUCAUAUAUGUAUAUAGAAAUAUUAUAAAUAAAUAUGGAAGAAUUUAUUGUAUA